GCGUAGAAAGUACAGCUAGGUUUAACAUAUUAAGCUUGGGCAGAGCAAGCAAGUAACCUAUGGAAAAUUUGUCACUAAGAAUGUAAGCUACUACCAAGCUAAUUUCCCACCACUGAAGAGAGAAAAAAACUGCAUCAUGAUGUCACUAGAGUUGAUGACCUUUUCUUAAAGGGGCGGAUUCCCCAAUAUGACAGGGGUUUGGACAUCAAAAUUGCACGUCACGUCAUUGGUCCAGAUAUUCUGUUCAAAGUGAAGAUAAAAAGUAUUUGGACACUUUAUGAAACUCUGUCCCAGAGUCAUGGAGGACAGGAGGCCACGGAAGUCAUGUGACGAGGCCAUCGGAUCAUUAGUGAGGCAGGAGUAUGAGGCAGCAGUGGCCCACAGUACAGAGGCCCUGCUGGCCAUGGGGCCUCGGACCCCCACCCAGAGCACGGCCCUCCUCCGCAAGCGUGCCCUGAUCUAUCGCAUAGCAGCACGACUCCAGCUGAAGGACUAUGAUCAGGCAGAUGAAGACUGCAAGCAUGUGUUUGCUGAGGAGCAGGGGAAGGAAGAUAGCAGUUUCAGGGCAGGGCUUCAGAGUAUGUUGCUGGACGGGAGCUUACAGGAAGUGUGCAGUGUUCUCUCUAAAGCACUCUAUGGAGAACCAUUGAAUGGGAUCAUGACUAAAGACAUGACACGACUGAAGAGACUUCUCUCAGAAAUAGAGUUUGUGAGGAGUAAAAUGGCACCAGAGUUGGCUGAAGAGAAUGAGGAGGAUGUUCAGGAGGGCUGGCAGUUUCGUCCUCCUCCUCGAGGUGUCACCAGUAGUGAGGAGUACACAUUGUGUAAAAGGUUUUUGGAGCAGGGUCUAUGUCGGUAUGGAGCACAGUGCACAUCAGCUCACUCUCAGGAGGAGCUGAAGGAGUGGCAGCAGCGCUACGCCUCUCGACUCAUCCGCCUCAAACAACAGCAGGAGGGCAAACACUUCACUGAGAACUACAUGGAGGCACUCAUUGAGAAAUGGAUCAACUCACUUAUGCCGGAGAGAGUGAUGAAUGACUAUGUGGAUGGAGUUACUUUGGAACACAGCUCAGAUCUCUCAAUUACCGUCAACACCAAGAAAUCAUUUCACUCCUGGACAUUCAGGCUCUUCUGCAAGCCGGUUCGCACGCUACACCGCAUCGCUCUGCUUUACGAUGCAAACCGGCCACACUUCUCCAUCACGGCAGUCUCCGCUGGAGAUGCAUCCACCCAGUUGCCUCAGGAGGUGUCUGAAAGGGCCUGCCAGGAGUGGAGCGGAGCCGGUCUGGAGCAGAAUGGCAUGGACCACUGCGUUUACACUGUGGUCAUCUCCUUCAACACAGAGAUCUUCGGAACAUUUCGGCAGACCGUGGUCUUUGAUUUCGGCUCUGAGCCUGUGCUCAUGCAGCGAGUGAUGGUGGACGCCGCCUCCAUUGAAGAUCUGGAGCAUCUGAUGCAGGCGCGACAGCAGCUCUUGAUGACAGCAAAGCGUUGGGACUCGUUCUGUAAAACCAUUGUGGAGUUUGUUCCUAAUGAGAAUAUGGAGCUGGAGCGCAGUCUACUGACUCGAUAUCAAAUCCCUCUCUCUGCUGACCAGCUCUUCACACAGUCAGUUCUGGACAAAACCCUCAACAGGGACAAUUACCUGUCCCGACUCCACGACCUGCUCUACAUAGAGGAGAUCGCUCAGUACAAAGAAGUCAGCAAGUUCAACAUCAAGGUUAAACUGCAGCUGGUGACGAGCUUUAUGUUGACUGGCAUUUCUGGUGGGGCCAAGUACGCUCAGAACGGACAGCUGUUUGCACGCUUCAAACUGACAGAGACACUGUCUGAAGACACACUAGCUGGACGACUGGUCAUGACAAAGGUCAACUCUGUUCUGCUGUUGCCUGUCUUUAAAGAGCGGACAGGUCAGAACCAGCCAGCCGGAGCCAAGGAACGGGUGUAUGAGGCCCUUAUAGAGGAAAAGACCAAGGAUUACAUCUUCCUACGGAUCUGUAAAGACUGUUGUAUUGAGCUUGGACUUGUGGCCGAUCAGGAACUGCAGGUGGAGCUGCAGUUUCAGUUGAACAGGCUUCCUCUGUGUGAGAUGCACUAUGCUCUGGAUCGCAUCAGAGAUAACGGCAUCCUGUUUCCAGAUGUCAGCCUCACUCCCACAAUCCCCUGGAGUCCCAACAGGCAGUGGGAUGAGCAGCUUGAUCCACGUCUGAACGCCAAACAGAAGGAGGCUGUUCUGGCCAUCACCACCCCCCUCUCCAUCAACCUUCCACCGGUGCUUAUCAUCGGACCCUAUGGCACUGGCAAGACCUUCACGCUGGCCCAGGCAGUCAAACACAUCCUGAAACAGCCUGACUCACGGGUUCUGAUUUGCACCCAUUCAAACAGUGCAGCAGAUUUGUAUAUUAAAGAUUACCUCCAUCCAUACGUGGAGGCUGGCAAUCCACAUGCACGACCUCUCAGGGUUUAUUUCAGAAACCGCUGGGUGAAGACGGUGCAUCCAGUGGUGCAGCAGUACUGUCUGAUCUCUGGAGCUUACUUCACCUUCCAGAUGCCCACGCAGCAGGACGUAGAGCGCCACCGUGUGGUUGUGGUCACACUCAGCACAUCCCAGUACCUCUGCCAGCUUGACCUGGAGCCAGGGAUCUUCACACACAUUCUGUUGGACGAGGCCGCUCAAGCCAUGGAGUGCGAGACCAUCAUGCCGUUGGCGUUGGCCACUAAGGGCACUCGCGUCGUACUGGCAGGAGAUCACAUGCAGCUGAGUCCGUUUGUGUACAGUGAGUUUGCACGAGAGAGGAACUUGCAUGUGUCCCUGCUGGACCGUCUGUACGAGCAUUACCCAUCUGAAUACCCCUGCAGGAUCCUGCUGUGUGAAAACUACCGCUCACAUGAGGCGAUCAUCAAUUAUACAUCUGAGCUCUUCUAUGAGGGUAAACUGAUGGCCAGUGGGAAGCAACCGCCACAUAAGGACUUCUACCCUCUCACCUUUUUCACCGCACGAGGAGAGGACGUGCAGGAGAAGAACAGCACGGCUUACUACAACAACGCUGAGGUGUUUGAGAUAGUGGAACGGGUGGAGGAGAUGAGGAAAAAAUGGCCAGUGGCUUGGGGGAAGCUGGAUGAGGGGAGCAUCGGUGUGGUCUCUCCCUAUGCUGACCAGGUAUUUCGAAUCCGUGCCGAACUCCGCAAAAAGAGAAUGCCAGAAGUCAGCGUGGAGAGAGUGCUCAAUGUCCAGGGUAAGCAGUUCCGGGUGCUGUUCUUGAGUACGGUUCGCACCCGUCACACCUGCAAACACAAGCAGACGGCCAUCAAGAGGAAGGAGCAGUUGGUGGAGGACUCCACUGAAGAUCUGGACUAUGGUUUCCUUUCCAACUACAAGCUGCUGAACACCGCCAUCACUCGAGCGCAGUCACUGGUGGCUGUGGUGGGAGACCCCAUUGCUCUCUGCUCAGUGGGACGCUGCAGAAAGUUCUGGGAGACCUUCAUCUCCAUUUGUCAUGAGAACCACAGUCUACACGGCAUCACCUUUGAGCAGAUUAAGAUCCAGCUGGAAGCCCUGGAGCUGAAGAAAACCUACGUUUUGAACCCACUGGCCCCAGAGUUCAUCCCCCGGGCCCUGAGACCUCAACAUCCACAGGGGCCAGGCAAACACCAGCACUCCUCACCCAAGGCGAAAGGACAGCUUGCCAAUCACACAGAGCCCUUCCCCCCUGAAGGCUUCGUUCAGCCCAGUGCUGCAGUGUUGAUGGGGAACCCCAUUCAGGCCUUCACCCCACCAGGAGCAGGAGCUCCAGCCUCUGGCAAAUCUCCCAGCCCUGUUCAGAGAAUCGACCCUGCAGCCAGCAUCCUGUAUGUGCCCGCUGUCUAUGGAGGCAAUGUGGUCAUGCCCGUGCCUCUUCCGUUGCCGUGGGCCGGCUAUCAGAGUCGAUUCGCUAUGGAUCCUCGUAUCAUGAGUCAUCAAGCUGCCAUGGCAGCAUACAACCUGAACCUGCGACCACCAGCGAGUCGAGCUUCACCAGUGCUGUAUGGAUUCAGUCAUCCAUCUCCUCUGGGCAUAAACCAGCAGUCCACUGACAAAGAGGUUCUACAAGAGCCCAGUGGCAAUGGGAAAAUUGACAUUAAUGGAAAAGUGGAGCAUUGCAGGCUGCUAACACCGGAGAGGAAAGCUCCUGAGCUGAAAGAGAAACAGGGAGACCCAGAGUCGAUGCAGAAUAAGAGUCCUGAGACCCAGUCCAACCUCGGCUUCCCCACCAGCCGCCUCAUACGCAAGGACCCGCCGGCCCAGAGGGCUCUCAACUUCCACCUGGGGCCCCCGCAUCCCGGCUUCCCCCCUCACCACGGAAACAGCCAGUUUCCACAUCAGUAUGGACUCUCCCGAACUCCUCUGCGUAUGCAGGCCCCAGUCCACCCUCAGCCCUCCUCUUUCCCUCCUUCAUUCUUCGGUGGACCUCCGUUGACCCACCGCGGCCUGCAGUCUCCGGUCCUGGAGGGGGGCGAGGGCUCCAUGGGGGUGAUUCCAGGUGGGGUGACUGAAGAUAUGAAGGGUGUUGUCAGAGAAAUACCCCCCCAGACACACCAACAGCCCCUGAGACUCAACAGCUUUGGAGAAGAGAGUUUGGACUCUCUGCUGGGAGAUACUCUGGAUGGUCAGGGGUCUUCAGGGCUGGAUGCUCUUAACCCUCAGCAGCAGCAGCAGGCUCGUGUGGGCCAGUGGGGUGAACACGCUCCCUUCCUGCAGGCCGGUGUACCCCCCUUUCCUCUGGCCCAGCAGCUGGCUCAUCUCAGUCAGCCGGGCCUGCGACUCCCACAGCAGCUUCUCAGAGGCAGCUGGGGCCUGGGCCCUGCAGCAGAGGAGUCCAGACCUAGCAUAACCAGAUAUCCUGGUCUGUUGCAUGAAAUGCUCCCCCAAGAGCAGUAUGAGCAGCGGGAGCCAGCUGAAAUGCCCCCUCCACAGUCUCGCCUCCUACAGUACCGUCAGGUCCAGCCCCGAAGUCCCGGAGACCUACCGUCACCCUCCUCAUCCACAACUCCAAACCACACCUCCGGCCCCAGUGGCUUCCCAGCACCGGCUCCACCCUUCUACCCAGACACCAGCCGCGAGCUGCCCAUGGGCGGCCAAACCUUCCAGCAACACCAGGCCUUUAACCAGGCCUCGUUCUCGCCUCUUCCGGUGAAGUACCUUCUCCAGGAGGCCCACUGGCCUCACCCGAGCCUGCCACAGAGCCACAUGCUGGGCCAUGGCUUGCCCUUCGGUCUGCAGGCGAUGGCGCACAGGCAGGAACAGGGCCCUCUCGCGCAGCACCAGCACCAGCAGCAGAAACAGCAGCUCCAGGCCCCGCAGAGCACCCUGCACACUGUAGAAGAGUAUGAACCACGUGGCCCCGGGCGGCCCCUAUACCAGAGGAGGAUCUCCUCCAGUUCCCCCCAGCCGUAUCAGGACAGCCUGGACCCUCAGGACCACCCAACACCCUCAUACAGAUACCCCACAUCAGACUUAUGGCUGGGCAGCAGCGGUCCUGUCCCGGGCCCCGCUCCUCUCCACAACAUUCCAUGCAACGGAGCGAGCCACCUCGUCCCUCACAGAGAGGUUUUAGUUUCUAAGGCGAUGAGUGCUGCAGAUGAACAUGUGAAGCCUGAGUGUCUCCAGCAGUCAGCUCACCCCGCUAGCGCUGUGUCUCUCCAGCACCAUGGACAGUUCCCACCCCUCAUGCCCCACAAGCAAACCCCGCCAGAUCCAGGAGGAGGGGGCAACACCAGCCCAGUGGGCCCCCAGGGGCCAGGCAACUCCAAGCCCCCAACCAUGUCCUAUGCCAGCGCCCUCCGAGCCCCUCCAAAGCCACGGCCGGUGCCCGAGCAGGCCAAGAAGAACAGCGACCCUAUCUCUCUGUUACAAGAACUUAGCAUAGGCAGUUCCAACAGUAGCAAUGGCUAUUACACGUAUUUUAAAUAAUUCAGUAUAUAUGAACUAUAUACACCUGGUAAAAAGAAAACUAUUGAAAAAAAUUGAAUAACAAUUGAAAAAAAAAAUAAAACCAAAAAAAAAAAAAACAAUAAAAAUGUCUUUUGAUUUUGUGGAAUAGUUAGACGUUUUGCGUUUUAUUAUUUUUUACUUGGCUUUAGUACUAGUUGGUUCUUUUACAGUUUGCCAUCUGUGAUUUUACAAACCGAAUCAGCAUAUAUAUAUAUAUCAUGAAAUACCAAAUCAUUUGGAGGAAAAAAAAAAUAAAAUCAAUAAAAAAUAAAAAAAAAGAUUUAUGGAAAAAAAAAAAGAUUUUUAAAAACACCAUGAAUUGGUUGACCACUCAGCUGCCUGUCUUUCUGUAAUUCUGUCUGCUCCCUUUGCAGCCACUCCCAGAAGUAAAACUUGUUGAAGUGAUUUUCCCAGCUGGCAUUUUUUAUGAUGUUCAGUUCUUUGAUCAUUAUUGGUGUGUUUUAUUGUGCUUGCAGCUGAAUGGUGAAUCAAAUCUUGAUUAAAAAAAAAAAAUAUUAUAAAAAGUUGUAUAGCUGUAGACAAACAUUUCUCAAACCUGUACAUAUGAAUAAAUGAAUACCGCAGAUGAUGAGUGUGUGCUUUUAUU